GUAGAGGGGGUGCUUCCUACGUGGCGGCCUUGGAGACGUUGUUCGCGGGCCGCUUUCUGGAGUUUAAUGUAUCGGGAAAACACUCUUUUUCACAUUAAUGGUCGAAGAUCUGAGGCAGGGUGGACUUGAGAAUACAGCCGGCUACUCCAAGGCUCUCUAUAGUGCUGGAUUUCCCUAGUCUGACGGCUCCCUUACGACGUCCCCCGGCGCAAAGCUCGCACAGUGCACGCUCGCCCAUUUCCGGCGCGCGCCGCUCCCAGGAAGAUGGCGGAAGAGCCGGAGUCUGGCCUUCAGCUCCCUCCAUCGGCUGUGGCUGCUGGCGGGGAAGGACCUGGGGAACUCUCUCCCGAAACAGCCACACCAGAGCCCCCUUCUUCUGCUGCAGUUUCGCCAGGGACAGAAGAACCUGCCGGCGACACCAAGAAAAAAAUUGAUAUCCUGUUAAAGGCUGUGGGAGACACCCCUAUAAUGAAAACAAAGAAGUGGGCUGUCGAGCGAACUCGAACGAUCCAAGGACUCAUUGACUUCAUCAAGAAGUUCCUUAAACUUGUGGCCUCUGAACAGUUGUUUAUUUAUGUGAAUCAGUCCUUUGCACCUUCGCCAGACCAGGAAGUUGGAACCCUUUAUGAGUGCUUUGGGAGUGAUGGUAAACUAGUCCUGCAUUACUGCAAAUCUCAGGCAUGGGGGUGAACCACAGAGAAAAACAACUUGCUGCGCAAAAUGAUUUUUUCACAAAGGAAAUGACUCUAAAAUGUUUUGCUGCCAGUAGAGAGACCUACUAAGUAUGAACUGCUCAGCAUGUAUCUGCUCUGACUGGUGUGUAUGCAUAAGAAAAUAUCCAUAGAAUGAAUGGAUUCAAAUCACAAAAAUGUGAUAAAUGUUAUUACACAAAUCAUCAUAAAAGAUUGACAGUAGAGUAGAUUCUUUGUUCCUGCCAGAAUGUCUGUUUCUGAUGUGCCUCCAAGGGCAAAAAGGAGCGUGAAACUGUAUAAACAUCAUUACCAGUUCUUAAAGCCUCUGAAAUUGUUUACUCAUACUUCAGCCACUCUAUUGAUUUUUUUUUUUAUGGUAAAAGUUAAUUUACUGAAGGAUUUUGUUUUGUUUUUGUAGCUUAUUCAGAGAUCCUCAUUUUGUUUGGGAGAGUGGGUUAUAUUUCCAUUUUAUCUACUGUAAUGCCUUCUAAAACUGAGGUACACUGACAUUAGCUGAGUACCUCAUUUAGUCCAGUAGAGGGCAGCCCUGCUGGCCGAAAAGGUUUGGCAGUUUGGUUUUACAUUGCCAGGUAAUUAAUAGAAGAGAAAACUAUCCUUGGUACCUUCUAGCUUGGAGAAAAUAUUGACAAACCGAAAGACUUUUAGAGAAUAAAUAUAAUUAUGUUUGGGGAACAAGUAAUUUUAUAAAUUCUGCACAAAUGAGUCAUGCAGCGCUUUUCGGUCCUGUCAUUUAAGAUUACUUAGUCAUAGUGUUGUGUUACCCUCAGUUAUUUAAAAUGUCAAAAGAACUCGGUGAAUAAAUCUCACACCAUCAGGUGUUUCAUACUGUAUUUUCCAAAUUGAAAGCACUCAGUCAUUGAAAAGUAGCCUUAUAUUUUAUGUAUAUUUUGUGCUAUGACUAAUGGAGUAUUGUUUUUACUGAUGCUAUUCAGUUGGUCAUUACUCAAAGUGAGAGUCACUCCAGUAAAUUGAAUUGACUGUCCAAAUAGUCCAAGGUAGGUACUGGAAUUUCAAGUGUUUAUUCUCAAAGAUAAUGUAGUAAACAUGAUACAGUUUUGUCAAAAGAUUUAAACUACACUUGCAUCCCUUAAAUCCCAGAAUGUGUUUGAUGGCUAAUGGCCAAUUGCAUGUUGCUAUUAGGAGGUGAUAAGGAACAAUUCAUUUUACAGUGAAGUAGUUGCUGUCCAGUUUUCAUUUUCUGCCUAAGACUGAGACUUAUUUUCCCUUAUGCCAAGGUCCCUUUGUAAUAAAUUACUGCAGCCAAUAGUUAGCAAAGGAAUAAUACUGAUAGGGUGUGCUGUACAAAAUUUUAACAUUAGGGAAAAAAGUUUUAUGUGUAUUAAAAGCCGGGGUGUGUGAAAUCUCAAGUCAGAUGGAUAUGGAAAAGAUGUGUUCUCUGCUUUUGGUUUAUAGAAGAAAAGAAUAUAUGUGUAGACACUUAACAAAUAACAAAUACUUGAAUUUAUUACAUUUGCCAGUGAUACUUCAUAUAAUAGCAUAUUUACUAUUUCAGUAGUCAAAAAUACUUCAUUUUGAAUUUGUAGCAUCAGUUUAAUGUUUCACUUAAAAAAACUUACUAGCUUAGUCAGUCUAUGGGUAGGAUUGGAAAUAAUAGCUCCCUGGUAGAGGUCUUGCCUAAAGUGAGGCCCUGAGUUCAAUCCCAGCACUAUUCAUAAUUAAAUGAAUCUAAGGCUAGCUAAAUAUGGGUAUUUUAUUUAUUUUCAUCUAUAAUAACAUUUACAUAACAGUCAACCAUUUUACUUGUGUAUAAUCUAAAGUGGGAGAACAUUUGAUGUUAAAGGAGUAUGAAAACGAAAAACUUUUCUUAGGACUAUAAAACCUGCUUCUUCUUCCAAGGACUAUAAUAUACUGAGUAAUCUUUUAGCACUAGGAAAGCCAGCUACAGGCCACAUAAUGACUGCAGAAGUAUUCAAAAACAGUUCAAUGUGUCUAUUUUAGUCUUAAAAAUAUUACAAGAUCUAUCUGAAUUACUGCAGGGGGAGCUUCUCCCUUGUGAGCAUACUUCAGCAGACUACCACUAUUAAGCACUCACCUGAUUUGGGAGAGUGGGAUGUUGCUUAGUACCUACACAUACCGAGUAAGCUAAGUGUGACUUAGCUUACAAAAGUAACAGUGAAGGAAAUUUAUAUAGUUUUAAUAUUUGUAUGGCAGAAGGUCAUCAACAUUUUAAUGCUUUUAAUCUGAACUUAUUUUAGCUGACAAAGCAAACCAGUUGAAAAAUAAAAAAUAAUACAGGGGCUGUGAGUAUAGUUCAGUGGUAGAACCCUGGGUUCAAGAAAGAAAAAAGAUGCAACAUACAAAGUUAUUUAUAAAUGUCAAAAGAACUUGCUGAGAAAUCUGAUACCAUCAGGUGUUUCACUGUAUUUUCCAAAUUGAAAGCACUCAAUCAUUGAAAAGUAGCCUUACAUGUUAUGUAUAUUUUGUGCCAUGACUAAUGGAAUAUUGUUUUUACUGAUGCUAUUCAAUUGGUAUAACUAACCUUAUUUUUUAAAUGCAAAGAAAAACAGUUUUGAGCCAGGUGAUGCCACAUGUAUGUAAUUAAAGCAGUCUUGGAGACUGAGGCAGGAAGAGCCCAAAUUCAAGCCCAGCCUGGGCAAUAUUGCAAGACUUUGUCUCUAAAAAAUGGCUAGAGAUGCUCAGUGUGAAGGUCCUAAGUUCAAAGCCCAGUUCUUCGCUGUGUAAAAAGAUCAGUAUUAUCAGUAAAGAUAACGUAAAUCCUAUUGAAUGUGUGCUCUCCUCACCAUUGCAAUAAGACACUGUUAUGACAUUUAAAUUGUGGAGCUUUUUAAUUGAGGUUUUAGAAAUAAUGAAAAAGACUUUUGAUAGCAUUAGCCAGUACUAAUGAAUAAAAAUAUUUAUGAAUCCAAGUAGAAUCUUAAGUUAGAAGAAGUAUGUCAACUCCUGUGGUUCAUUUUAUGUCGUCUUAACAGCAUGAAUCUGACAUUGGUUACUUCUGGUAUAAGUUCGGUGUGGCUGAACCAAGAAAGGUGUAUGCAGAUUUCUACAGGAAGUUCUGCAUAAUUUCUACAGAAAAUUCUACAUAAUUUCUUAUGGAAUUAUGAUUCCAUAAGAGAUUAUGAAGUAAUGAAGAAUGCUAAUAUCUUUCCGAGUGCAAAGUAAUUUAGGAAUAAAAAGGUUUCUUUGGAUUGCGUUCCAUAGGCAUUUAUCACUGAUCAGUUUUGUGAACUGUGAAAUAACAGUAUGUAAACUAAGGGGUAAUAUUUCCUUAUGACAAGUUAUUGUGUGGACAGUAAGAAAGGGUGGAGGGAGGACCCUGUCCAUUGUGAAAAGACUUAAACUGUCUUCCUUGCAAUGUGCCUAAUUCUCUUUCCGUGCCUUAUUCAACUCUUGGUUCCCCGUUCCAAUAUCUAGAUCUCCACAGUAUCUUUUCCCCUUUCCCAUUCUGUUUUUCUCUCCAUAGAUGACAAAUUCUUUUUUCUACAUUCUUAGCUCACGUGGCUCCUCUUCCAAGCCAGAUCUGUCAGCACGUCUGUCAUCCCAUAUACAUAUGUCAUUUUAAUAGCUAACCAGUUGGCUCCACUGUAACUGCUCUAUGGCCCAAAUUCUCUAGUAGCUUCCACUUAAGGGACUAAAGGCUGAAGUCCUUACUUUGACCUAUAAGAUCCUAUGUGGUGCAUAAUCCAGUUCCCCACACUCUGCCCGGUGUGUGUGUUCAUCUGUGCUCUUGUUGUAAACAUGAAGAUUGCACCCAUCCCAGAGCCUUGCACUUGCUGUUUCCUCAGCCUGGAAACUGCUCCGGGACAUGUCUCCUUAGCACCCCUUCAUUCCUGCUCACACCCUCUAAAAGAGCUUCUCACCACCCAACUUGUCUGCUUUUUUUCCUCCAUUGUGUAUUGCGUACAGUCAGUGUUUGUGUGUCCGUCUCUCCAUGUACGGGUCAAAUGUGAAGUGCUCUCUAAAGACUCAUUGGAAGCUUGCUCCCCAAUGCAGCAGUGUGCGUAGGUGGUGUCAGAGAGAUGAUCGGAUCAUAGCUGAAUGACCUAUUAGGAAAUGGGGUCCCUUUGGAGGAACCAGGUAACUGGAAAGUGGGGGGUACCUUUGAAAGGUAUAUCUUGUCCCGUGCUCUUAUCUGGUCACCUUUCUCAGGCUCCUGGCUGUCAUAAAACGAACAGUUUUUUUCUGCCUUUCCCUUUGACCAUGAUGUUUCUGUUGGAGACACCUGGCCAUGAACUGAAACCAAGAGCCAGUAUACAUGUGUUCUCCCAAGUGUUUUGCCCAGCAAGAGAAAGCUAAUACAACUGCAUACAGUAUUUGUUGCCGUGUCCCUACCUUGUCCUAUAAGACUAAACCUGAGGGCAGUGGUUUAGUUGUGUGAACAGUACCUCACUCAUAGUAUCUGCUUUUAAAAAUGUUUGCUAGAUAGACACAUUAUUUCUGCACCUUAAUAAUGCUAGUUCCGUUCUUUGUAUAUCUAGCCCCUUGGCUGUGUCUUACAAUGUGACAAUCAUUGCCUUGGGCAGUCUGCAAUACAAUAAAACUACCUGUCUGGAUCUUUAA